AUGUUUGCCGAGAACGCAGAGGUGUUUGAGAAAUCUCUUGGGGCCCAGCAAGUAUCGGGAUUGACGGCGUUGUUGGACGAGAGUAUGGACCAUUUGACUGACAAUUGGGACGAUCAUGAGGGAUACUAUCGUGCACGCACAGCGGAGAUACUCAACGACCGCUACAAG